AUGGUCGUGUUUUCGUGGGCGUUAAUUCCGUGUGCGAUCGUGGUGGCCGGUAUCGCCGCGAUCCGGUGGUUUUUGCGACGCCGGCAAACGUUCUGGCUGCGCCAUGGUAUACCGGCAGCCCGGAAACCGCAUCUGCUGUACGGUAACGUGGCCGGGCUGGCGGCAAAGCAGCACACCGUCACCAUCCUGCAGACGCUGUACCGGGAGUUUCGCGACCGUCAGUUGCCGGCCGGUGGUUUCAAUCUGUACUUUUCGCCCAUGCUUCUGCUCAUCGAUCGCGCCUUGAUCGAGCGCGUGCUGGUGAAAGAUUUCGCCCAGUUUCGAGACCGCGGUCUGUACGCGUGCGAGAAGGCGAAUCCGUUGAGCAGCGAAACGCUGUUCUCGCUGGCUGGUGAGCGGUGGCACCGAAUGCGGCAACAGCUGGGCCCUGCGUUCGGGGCGGGCAGCGUGCGUACCAUGUUUCCCACGGCGGCCCGCAUCGCCCAGACGCUGGUGGUGUACAUCGGUGCGCAAAGCAAACGGCGCGACCUCGAGUGGACGGAUCUGAUGGCGCGCUACACGACGGACGUGAUCGGUAGCUGUGCGUUCGGUAUCGAUUGCCGCACGAUACGCGACCCGGGGACGGAGUUUCGCGCGAUGGGCUAUCGGGCGUUCCGCUGCAGCCUGCGGCGGAUGUGGAAGCUGCGGUUCGGGUACGCUUUCCGGCGGAUGGCCGAUGCGUUGCGGCUGUGCGUGAUCGAACCGGGCGUGGAACCGUUCUUCCUGCAGCUGUGCCGGUCGACGGUGCUGCACCGGGAGAGCUACCGGCUGGUGAAGCGCGACUUUCUGCAGCUGCUGCUGGAGAUGAAGGCAACGGGGCGGCUCGACAUGACGCAGCUCGCCGGGCAGUGCUAUUCGUUCUUCAUAGCCGGGUUUGAAACGUCCGCGAGCUUGAUGUGCUUCUGUCUGUACGAGCUCGCCAAGAACGGGACCGUGCAGGAGCGGUUGCGCACCGCAAUCGUGGCAGCCCUCGAUGAAACCGAUGGUCAACUGAGCUACGACAUGGUGAUGUCACUGGGCUAUCUCGAUCAGGUGGUGAAUGAAACGCUGCGCAUGUAUCCACCGGUUGACUUCCUGUUUCGCGUUGCGAGCACCGACUAUCCGAUAGAGCACCUCGGGACCAUCCCGCGUGGGACUAUGGUGGUGGUGCCCGUGCAUGCGCUACAUCACGAUCCGGAGUAUUACCCCGAGCCGGAGGUGUACGACCCGGAACGGUUUGCCAGUGCGUCGAAGUCGCGCAACGUGCGGGAUGGUGCUCCGUUCAUGCCGUUCGGGUUGGGACCGAGACACUGCAUUGGGGCCACCUUUGGUCUAAUGCUCGUGAAGGUUGGUUUGGUGGCGAUGUUGCGCUCGUUUCGCUUUUCGCUGAAUGUGGAUCGCACACCGGAGCAUGUUAGCUUUAAGCCGCGUUCGCUCGUGCUAGCACCAAGCAGUGGGUUGUACUUGAACGUGGAGCGGGUUUAA